AUGACUUCUCAUGGUGAAGGAAUUGAAGACGAACAAAUAUCAAGAAUUGAGAAUGGCAUAGCAACAGAUUGCCAUGGAGGAAUUGAAACUGUCAUAUGUACUUCUCCUAGCAUUAUUUGCCUUAUGCAAAAGUUGAUAGCAGAGUUGAUUGGAACAUAUUUCAUAAUGUUUUCUGGUUGUGGAGUGGUGGUGGUAAAUGUGUUGUACGGUGGAACAGUGACAUUUCCGGGGAUUUGUUUGACUUGGGGUCUCAUUGUUAUGGUUAUGAUUUACUCAGUCGGUCACAUUUCCGGUGCACAUUUUAACCCUGCCGUUACCAUCAGCUUCGCCGUUUUCCGGCGGUUUCCCUGGUCUCAGGUACCAUCGUAUAUAUGUGCACAACUAGCAGGAUCGUUACUAGCAAGUUUGACAUUAAAAAUAAUGUUCAAAAUCACACCCGAAGCUUACUUUGGAACAAUUCCGACUGAUUCGAACGUACGAGCGCUCGUCUCCGAGAUCAUUAUCUCAUUCCUCCUCAUGUUUGUUAUCUCUGGUGUUGCCACCGAUAAUCGAGCGAAAAUAGACUUCAUCGUGAAGUCUACUCCGAUAAACGUUGACUAUUAG